AUGGGUUAUUUUAGUUACUCAGAUAAUUCAUUGAGGAGUUUAGAUGCGUGUCGCGAAGAUGGGCACACAUUUGGUCAAUGUUUGUCCAGUGGCAAGUUUCACUCACUUAAUCCAUAUGUAUUUCGUAAUUCUAAAUGCUUUAAAUGUGGUGAGAUUGGACACAUUUUGUCAGUUUGUAAUACUACGGUUCAUUUCGCUGCAACCAAUGAUAAAAUUUGUAAUUGUGAUCCUAUUAAGUCGAGUAUUUCUAAUGAUCAUUUAUCUUUACCCAGGACUUUGAAAAGUGGUAUGGAGUCACAUAGCGGUCCAGAGCUAAAUGAAACUCAGAAUCACUGUAAGACAAAAUUUUCUAAUAAACCAACUUCUUAUCAGAUUUCUCAUGUUAUUGUGCCGGAUAUGGUUUUUCCUAAUGCUUCACAUAUUUCUGAUGAAAUUUCUUACAUAUCUGAGGAAAAGAUGUUGAAUGAAUCGAAUCGUGAUCGAAAAUUCAAUACAGUCUUGAUAGAUGCUGAUUUUUCUAAUGACCCAUUCAUCUUAUAUGAAAUUCUUGAUAAAUUUGUGGAAAGUAUUUCAGAAGAAUCAAAUCCUGAUACCAUAUCAUAUGUCAUUUGUCCUCAAAAUAAAUUUAUCUCUAGUGAUAUUCCUAAUGAAUGUGACAAAUAUUUGCCUCAAAUUAUAUGCCAGAGUGUAUCCCUAGUUGCUCACACAUAA